AUGUCCUCGUAUGAUCGGUUCAACAUCCACGCUCAACUUGAGCAUUUGCAGAGCAAAUAUCAAGGAACUGGUCACGUAGAUAACACCAAGUGGGAGUGGGUUUUAAACAUCCAAAGGGACACUUUGGCAUCGCACGCAGGACAUUUCACGCGACUGGCGUAUUUCGCAAUUGUAGAAAAUGAAGCUACGGCCCGUAUAAAGCACAGGUGUUUGCAGGUUUGUAUGUCGCCUCCAAAAUGCGCAUUUUGGGAGCCCAUUCUCCGUGAUACUUGUAAUUAA